AUGGACAACCCUCGUCGGCUCCACCGCCACCGUCGCCUGCUAUGGCGCGCCCGGAGUGGAGCAUGUCCGACUUCGAGAUCGGCAAGUACAUCGGCGAGGGCAAGUUUGGGAAGGUCUACCUCGCCCGCGAGAAGCAGGUCGACCCACGAAAACCUAACCCCCCCAAACCCUCUCGAUCUCCCCAAAUUUUCGCCUCCGCGGAAGCUAAUCUGCCGCGCUGGUGAUCCAUUCCAGAGCGGGUACGUGGUGGGGCUGAAGGUGAUAAACAAGGCGAAGCUGGACAAGUACCGCUUCCACGCGCACCUGCGGCGGGAGAUCGAGAUCCAGCGCGGCCUCGGCCACCCCAACGUGCUCCGCCUCUUCGCCUGGUUCCACGACGACGAGCGCGUCGUCCUCGUCCUCGAGUACGCGGCCCGCAGCGAGCUGUACAAGGUCCUUCGCGCCGCUGGCCGCUUCGGCGCCUAUGUCAUGAGCCUUGCUGGUGCACUGGUGUACUGUCACAAGAAGCAGGUCAUUCAUAGGGACAUCAAGCCAGAGAAUUUGCUCCUUAAUAUCGAGGUUUGUUCUUCUUUAUGCAGUUUUUGCACCUCAAUACUCUACAACGAGGAGAAGCGGGUCGGCGGCCGGCGACUCGUCGAAGAGGCGGCGGCGGUGAGGUGGCGGAUCAGCGCGGACGAUUCUGCUGGUGAGGAAGAGACGAUGUUUGGCUACUUCACACCUGUUGAUGUUGGCGGCGGGCAUGAGUAG